AUGACGACUCCGUUCCCUCUCUUACGCCUCCCUAGACUUGCACUGAUUCCUGUUCUUCAACACAUGGAGCUUAUUGAAGUAAUCGCCUUCUCCCUUAUCUCCAAGAGAGCUUUCAACCUCUCGAAAUAUUUCUACAAAGUAUCUCCCGGUUCCAUCGAAUUGCUAGUGGGUUCCUACGCUAUUGAGAUGAGAAUUGACGAUCUGACAAUGUUUUUCUACGAAAACGUACCGGAUUGGGUUGAAAUAUUGCACCACGACAAAUUGAUGCGAUGGAUAAAUGCUGGGUUAUCGACUAAACAAUGGAUCCAGAGGAUUCUCGCCGUGACAAAGUGUCCAUCGCUGGACAAAGUGAUACUCAAUGAGAAACCAAAAUACGAUGUGUUAUCAGUUCUUGAUGGAGUUUCCAAAAUAUUUAACCUGCACAUCAAACCCAAGUGCUGCAACGCUUUAGCUAAGAGAGCAGUGGAAGUUCUCUCGCCAGUCACUUCAUCGAUCACUUUAUUCAGAGUUCCUCUUUCGAAUCAAGAAGAAUUCCUGAGAUUUUGGUUGGGGAAUGUGGAAUGUUUGUGUAUCCGCUAUGAUGAUUUAUCGAGGUUUCAAUUCAACCUUAAUGAUCUUUUAGCCUCGAACGCAGUCAAACUUGAAUUGCGCAAAGUCCCAAUGAGUCUGAGAGACCUCAACCGCUUCUUUUCUUGCUGGUUGCACAGAACAUCUAAUCAUCGGUUGGAGCAUCUAUCAGUACAAUCACUCAAGAACAUCAAUGAAGACGUUCUUCUGAAAGGACUUAAUGCUACUCGUUUCACUGAACAACAAGCAAUACACUUUCAAUCAAUCCGCGUGGUUUGUCAUCCAGAAUUCACUAGAGGAUUCGAAGUGAGAAGAAUUGAUGGAAAGUUGGCAGCUAUUACAUUUUAUACUACUUUUGGGACAACAUAUAUUAAUUUUGAUGUUUGGUCAUGA